AUGACCGCGGAAGAUUGCUCGAUACCUCCUGAUUCGUCAAAGUUGGUAGGUACCGGUAUCGCCGUCAGCCUUCCUUCCAUGUCGUGCUACAUGCAGCUCCAGUCACCGCCGCUCUCUCCGUGUUAUUCUGAUAUCAAUGUGCAGGCGGGUGUCAUAGACGCAGACUAUAGAGGGGAGGUGAAGGUACUAAUUAAUAAUCGGAGCAGUGGCAAUACUCUAAGGAUAUGCACUGGAGUUUUUGUAGAGUUAAACACAUUUAAAGAGCAGAAUCUGAUUGCAGAUAUUAUGUCUAUUAAGAAAGGUAUCGAUGUAAUGUCUUGGGAGAUUAACAGUGAUACCGAAGAGAUAGUGCUCGUUGAAGAGUUAGAUGUGAAGGGUAGAGGGUGUAGAGGUUUUGGAAGCACAGGAAUGAAGUGA